AGGAUCAUCUCGCUCGCGUUCAGUAGCCAUUCGAAGUUUGUCCAGAGAAGAUCGACUUUGACAAGGUCAGUGCGCUUGAGUAACAAACAGGUUCCAAAAACUAAGUGAUAUUUCUAUAGAGAUCUAUUUGGUCUUCGAACCUCGAUCAAUGAACUGGUUACUGGGGAUUGCCGCUUUUGCGGUUUGUAUUUUUCUAGGAACUCCAGUAAAUGCGGAACUGAUGCCGGAAUCGGUGCCGCAUUCUCAAACUGUCACACUGAAUCCGUUGAUGCCGAAUGACGAACAAAGCGUGAGAGAUUGUCCAUUCACAUUCUACCCUUAUGCAAAACAAGGUCUAGCGAGUUCCAUCGCUGGAGAAGUUUACAAGGAUAGGACCUUUUCGCAUGUAGUUCGAUUGUUCAAUAACGGCGAUGCUGAGCCGUCGGAUUCCGAAACAUGCAUCGGGGUCAUCGUUGAUGAGUUUCACAUUUUGACCACCAAACAGUGCAGUUCAAAAUCACCCACGGAAGUUGGUUUCUUCGCCAAUUCGUCUUUCCCCCGCGGACAGAUUGAGUCUUCCAUGGUCCAUCCCAGUCUAAACUUGGCAUUGCUUCGGCUGAAAGCAAAACUCAUCAUCACCAGUCUAAUAACUCCAGCCUGUUUUUGGACAUUGUCAAUCGACACAGGAUUCCCAACAGUGCAACACAUAUCGUGGGGUAAAAAUAACAACAGAAACAGUAGUUUGACGCGAGACAUUUUGAAAUGUCCUCUAGCUGAACGUAGCGAGUGUUUCACUCGUAAGAUCGCAUCAACCAACAAUGGUUUCCUCCAAAUUCAAGCUAUUUCGAACUAUCGACAACAUCCCUUUGUGGUUCUUUUCGGUUAUGGCAAUGAUGGAUCGAUUCUGAAGGUUUCCGACUACGUUGGAUGGAUUGAAGAAAAAACAGGCUACAAAAUGAAUGCAAUAGAUUGUGCGUUGCGGUAUUACAAAUUCAGAGACUACGAAGAGCGUACUGUAACAAGCAGCUCAGAUACGUUUCAAUCCAUCCAGUUACAAAACGCUUAUGUUUCCGACUCGAGGACAGACCGAUACAAAGUAUCGAUCGGAUAUUACGUCGAAGAUCCGGUCAAAGAGUCGGUUAUUACUUAUCACUGCUACGGAACACUCAUCCACCGACAGUAUGUCCUAACGGCGGCCAGCUGUUUGGCACCUUUGAAGAACGUAUCUCUUACGGUUCGUAUGAACCAAAAGUGGAGUUUUGUUCCAAACUCUAUUGAAGGAUCAGACACUCUAGUCGUUGAACAAGAGCAGUAUUUGGAGGAGGCGUAUGUUACUCAAAUCUACAUUCAUCCAGAGUACAGCAAUGUCUCAAAUGAAAACGAUGUCGCCCUUCUUCUGCUCGAUCCUAACGAAUUCAAAUUUGGAGAAUACUUUAAACCUGCCUGUCUGUGGACUCAAGACCAGAUCAAGAUAAAUAGGUUUCAAACCAACGGGCACGGUCCAAAAGCGGCUAUCGAAUAUUUCGAAGAACGCGUGGAGAACCUUUUGAAGGAUACACGUCAAGCUGAGUUAUACUUGAAUACAAGAAUAGUGGAAAACUGCCCGUUGAAUCAUGCGGCUAGAGAAAUAUGUGUCGGAGAUGAUGCAGUCGUCGUUCCAGGAUCUUGUUUGUCAAACCAUGGAUCAGCGAUGUCACGCGAGCUUUGGGUGUUCGAUUCCUACAUAUACGACUACGUCUUUGGCGUCAACAGCCGUGGAGAAAACUGCGGCUUCAAUACCCCUAACGUCUACACCAAAGUAGAACCUUACAUUAAUUGGAUCGACAGCAUUGUUUUCAACGAAAAUGUGAAGUACAACGACACCGACGUGUACUAUGGAGACGAAUGUACGACUGGGCAGGUUCCAGUGGGAAUUUGUCUGCCACUUUCGGAAUGUCCCGGUAUCAAGCAGGAGGUUUCGAGCGGAAAGAUAACCGAUCUGUCCACCGUAACAUGUGCCUUCGAGGGUGACGAAAGUUUAGUUUGUUGCAGUCAACAGAAUUCUAUGCCCAAUGAUGAGGAACGACAAAGUGAAGAUCUCAAGUCUCGUAUACAAGAAAUUGAAAACUGUCCGGAGAUGUACAGCGAAUUCCGUAAAAACAAAUCACCUUACAGUUUGAGGAAGGGUAGAAUGACUUCUGCGGGAAUGAUAGCGUCCGAGUCCUUGAAUUCAACAUGCGAUGCUACUUUGAUUGCCAGAGAUUUUCUACUAACAUCUGCCAGUUGCUACGAGAGAUUAUCGAAAGCGCAAGAUCUGAAGGCGUUCGUUGGUCCUAAUGGUACUUAUCAGCAAAGGUUUCCAAUUGCCAAGGUCAUCACUCAUCCGAAGUAUAGGCAGGCCUCAUAUACCAACAAUGUUGCAUUGGUCAAACUUCUCGAGCCGAUAAUCGUCACCGGAGAGAUCAUUCCAGCUUGCCUGUGGCAGAACCACUCGCAUGUACCGUUUCUUCUGGAACUGGUUAGAUUUGAGGAUGACAGCAAGGAAAAUCAAACAUUCUCCAGAAUUCCAACCUAUCCUUUGUAUCAGAAACAUUGUGAGCAAGAUCACAGAGUAAACGUUACAAGCUCAGAGCUUUGCGUUGUCUACGACCAAUCACAGGGUCGGGACGAUAGCAAAUCCAUGAUAUGUCAUGAUACAGGAAGCGGAUUAUAUAAUUAUUAUGCCUAUGGUUUAUAUGAAACAGAAGUUACAUAUUUAGUAGGUAUUUACAGUCACUCAAACGGAUGUGAAAAACAAAAUAUAGGAAUAUUCACCAGAAUAAGUCAAUCAAUCAGUUGGAUCAAGUACUCUAUUUAUCGAAAUUAACAAUAGGCAAACAAACAUGACUAGAUUAAACCAUUCACCAAAAUCA